AUGCAAGAAGAAAGGAUUGAUGAAAUGUUUUCAAAAGCAAUGAAUGAAACACGUCAAAUGCUCAAUGAGCUUAAACAAUAUAAUGAAAUACUUCCAUUGCAAAGCAGAAAUGUAAUGGAACAAUUACGAAUGCCAUUCAAAAUAUUCGAUUUGCAUUCACAAAGUGAAUUAAAUGUUCAAAAAUUUGCGCAUGAUGCACUCAUCUCAAUCAUUGCUACGAAAAAAAUGCGAAACGAUGGCAUUAAGUCAAUCAAUGCUUUACCAAACAUUUUAAAACAUAUUCGUAAGUACUGUCCAUUGCAUAGAAUUGAAUGCUCAACUAAUAAGUAUCGUACUAUUGAUGGUACCUGCAACAAUAUUAAGCAUCCUAAUUGGGGUGCUUAUGGUACCUCGAUGCAACGUAUCAUUAAGCCAUUUUACGCAGAUGGAAUUGAUGAAUUGCGUGUUUCGAUUGUUGAUAACAGUGAAUUACCAAAUGUUCGACACUUAUCUAAUUUAUUCUUUGUCAAGGAAUAUUCACCAAAAUUGAAAGUUAAUACGCUAAGUGCGCUUUGGGCACAUUUUGUUUACACAGAUUUAGUACAUAUUGGAAGUCUUCAAUUGAUCGAUGAUGAAGAGAAAAUUCAAUCACCGUGUUGUGCACCACAAUUUAGACAUCACCCGGAGUGUAAAUCAAUUAUAGUGCCAAAAAGUGAUCCUAGCUAUCAAGAUUUCCUAGAUUGUUUACCUUACACGCGUACUACUCCAGCACCACGACCAAACUGUGAACUUGGUCCACGUGAACAAGCCAAUCAAGUUACUAGCUUUCUUGAUGCUAGCGUUAUUUACGGUAGUACCGUACAACGAGCACGUGCAUUAAGGACAUUUAAAAAUGGUCAUCUAUUAACAAGUUCCGAUCCACUGAAUCAAAAUAUGCCACCAACAGUUAAUUUAUUAUGUAGCAUACUAAAAAUUACCGCUGAAUGUGAUUCAAAUACUAAAUAUGAUUCAUUCGUUAGUGGUUCCGAUCAUAUAAAUUUUUUGCCAUCUGUUGUUAUUCUUUAUACUAUUUGGAUACGCCAACAUAAUCGAAUUGCUACUAAUUUAAAAAGAGUAAAUCCGCAUUGGUCAGAUGAGCAAUUGUAUCAGGAAAGUCGACGAAUAGUGAUCGCACAAUUGCAACAUAUCACUUAUAACGAAUUUCUGCCCAUUUUGAUUGGCAAAGAAAAUUGGUUAAAAUUUGAAUUACAACCAAAAUCCUACGGAUACGGUAAAGAAUAUGAUCCUACGGUGGAUCCUACUGUCAUCAACACGUACGCUGCUACUACCGGACAAUUUUUUUUCACAAUGUUUGGCAAACAUCUUGCAUGGCAUAAAAAUGAUGAAAUUGAAAUAUUUGAACGACCAUUGAAAGAAUAUUUUAACUAUCCGGGUUUACUUUUUUCAACCGAUCGAAUUAGAGGAAUAUUGAGGUUACUUCUUUUUAUUUUUCACUAUGACAAACAAUGA